UCUAUAUGUCAAGCAUUCUGACUCUUUCUAGUACUCUGGAUUUACUUUAUGGUUUGGACUCUCUGCCUGAUCCCUAUUAUAUCUGUUUGCCUUUGUUGGGCUUAUUCUUUGGUUUUGACCUCUGCCUGCCAGCAACCUGUGCUCUGUUCAUGAAGACAAUGAAGUCUACUUUGGUGUGGGCUGCGGAGAGUCACUCAGUGACCAGGAGAGGGCAUCAAAAGUCCUGAAAAGAGCACCAGAGAGCUCAGUACAAUCCUACACCAACAUCAUUCCUGUUGCUAUAUAAAUGAUUUAUUCUUGAUGCCACGGUCAGCGGGUCUAAUCCACAGCAGACUGCGCCUUUUCCCUCCGCUUUCCACAUCUGAAUCAGGAUACAUCCAACUUGUCGGGUUUGGACCACAGUUUUUUCCUCUUGGUCGUUUUCUGUGUCUUUUCUGCCACUUAACCUAGAUUUAACAAUUGGCGACUCGGUGUUUAAAAUUUAUUUUAUAGCCUCUCAAAACACGCGCUAAACAGUGUCAUUGUCACGAGGCUAAAAGCUUUUGAAUGCGUCCAUCCAAGGGCUUUGUAAGGUGGCUGUAAUAUGUAUUAUCAAGCUGAUGUUGUGCGGUAACGUGAGAAAAAACUAUAGACAGAGGUUGAUGCACACCUUCUGGAGCUACUCAAAUCUCCGACAGGUGUGCGGCCGUGCGCACAGUGGAUCUGACUGCGGCGCAAAGUGCGUAUAUUUUCAGUGCAGACAGGCGUCCUGGGUGCGUGUCCAACUACUUGGACAGAACGCCGAGUGCGUCUAACAUGUGGACUUGGGACGCAUGCAACAGAGAGCCCUAAACAUGAGGAGGAGCCGACUCCGCGCAAAUAUGGGACUUCUGCUUUUCAGAUGGCUUGUAUUCACAGUGCUGGUGCCUGCCUGGCUGCUUGCUGCUCCAAGCGGCAUCCGUGAGCGUCCCUGCCCCCAGAGCUGUAGAUGUGAUGGGAAAAUAAUAUACUGCGAAUCGAAUGCCUUCCAUGACGUGCCAAGCAAUGUGUCUGUAGGCACACAGGGCCUCUCCCUGCGUUACAACAGCCUGGCGAACCUCAGAGCCCACCAAUUUGCAGGCCUGAGUCAACUGGUUUGGCUCUACCUCGACCACAAUUAUAUCAAUGCUGUGGAUGGCCAGGCUUUCCAUGGGAUACGGAGGCUCAAAGAACUGAUUCUCAGCUCGAACAAGAUCCAACAGUUAAAAAACAACACUUUUCAUGAUGUUCCGAAUUUACGCAAUCUUGACCUUUCCUACAAUAAACUGCAGGUUCUCCAGCCUAAUCAGUUCCUGGGUCUACGGAAACUGCUCAGUUUACACUUGAGGUCAAACUCAUUAAAAACUGUCCCAAUGCGAGUUUUCCUUGACUGUCGCAACCUGGAGUUUCUUGAUAUUGGCUACAACAGGCUACGGAGCCUCACACGUAAUGCCUUUGCAGGACUCCUUAAGCUCAUCGAGCUUCAUCUGGAGCACAACCAGUUCUCAAAGAUAAACUUUGCUCAUUUCCCCCGCCUGACUAACCUGAGGGCGCUCUAUUUGCAAUGGAACCGUAUCAAACUGGUAACCCAGGGCCUGCCAUGGAUGUGGACUUCCUUGCAAAAGCUGGACCUCUCAGGAAAUGAGCUCCAAGUGUUGGACCCGAGUACAUUUCAAUGCCUCCCUAAUCUGCAGACUCUUAACCUGGACUCCAACAAACUCAGCAAUGUUUCUCAGCAGACAGUGGAGGCUUGGAUCUCCCUCACCACCAUUAGUCUGGCUGGUAAUUUGUGGUACUGUAACCCCAACAUAUGUCCCCUGGUGGCCUGGCUCAAGGCCUUUAAGGGCAACAAGGAGUCCACUAUGAUUUGUGCCGGCCCUAAGGAGGCACAAGGAGAGAAAGUGACAGACGUGGUGGAGACUUAUAACAUCUGCACAGCAACACCGACCCCCAUCCCCUCAACGACAUCGCCCCUCACCUCUGCAUUUCAGCCCGAGCGGCUGCCUCUUCCCACACAGCCUGUGGUGGACAAGAAGCUGAUCUGGAACAGGACAGCCUCCCCUACUACUUCAGAGGCCUCCUCCACCAUCCCUUUGCCAGACACGGAGUAUGUGUCCUUCCACAAGAUCAUAGCUGGUAGCGUGGCCCUCUUCUUAUCUGUGGCUAUAAUUCUACUGGUUAUCUACGUCUCAUGGAAGCGCUAUCCCAGCAGUAUCAAACAGCUUCAGCAGCGCUCGGCGGUUAAAAAGCGCCAGAAAAAGGCACGGGAGACGGAGCGCUCCCUUAAUUCACCGCUGCAAGAGUACUAUGUGGACUACAAGCCUUCACACUCAGAGACUAUGGAUGUGCUGGUUAAUGGGACAGGACCUUACACAUACACCAUCUCAGGCUCCAGGGAAUGCGAGAUACCGCGGCAGCUGAGUGCUCUGACGUUGUACAGGUGUGAGCAGUCGGUUCUGGAUUACUGCCAUGCCCACCUGUCACUGCACCUCAACGUGGGCAUGGAGCCCCCAACUCGGGCGCUGGGAGGUCCGAGGCCAGCCAAGUACCACCCAGACCUAAUGGCUGCCCUCCCCUCCGAGCCAGUGCGGCCUUGCCCCCAGACCCACUCCCUCCACCAGUAAGCUGUGCACAUUGUGAGGCUCUGUGUCCAAACUACUGUAAGUCUGCUGCACAGAAUCAGUGGACCACUCAAGGAAACGCAAGGCUGUGUGGGAGGGAACUGGGACUGGUAAAGAAGCAAAAGAGACAAUUAA